AUGGAAGUUCAACAGAUGUUUGAGAAUCUACGGAAGGAAGCUGAGUGUGCUCUGUGUUUAGAGACAGUCAACAAUCCCAAGACUUUGCCAUGUCUUCACUCAUUUUGCCUCGAAUGUCUCGAAAAACAUGCAGGCUUCGCAAGAAAACAGCUGCAAACAAUGAUUAAAUGUCCGGUUUGUCAGACAUCACUACAAAUCCCUGAAGGAGACACCUUUAACAACUUGCCCACAUCUUUUCGUCUCAAAAAAUUGGUGGAAUUACUUGCUUUAAGAGAUCGCAGUGUAAGGGCCCCGAAAUGUAGCGAUUGUGAUGAAAACAAUAUCGCAUCCGCUUACUGUUUCGUGUGCCAGAACUUUCUCUGCACUGCUUGUUUUGAAGCUCACCAGCGCCUAAAGAUUACCAGAGGUCAUCGCAGUGUUGUGAUAGAGAAGUUGCAAGCGCCAGAUGUUCAAGAGUUUAUCAAUAGACCAAUCAUGUGUUCAAUGCAAUAUCACGAGAAUCAACCGCUGGAAUUUUAUUGCUUCGAAUGUAAAAUUCCAAUUUGCCUUAAAUGCAGUGUUGUGAGCCAUAAUCGACACGCCAUGACAGACACUCGGAAAGUCGCAGAAUUACAGAAGAUGCAAAUGAAGGAUGCUUUGGAGAAACUGGAAGCGUUGACUGUUAUUUACGAGAGAGAAAUAAAGAAGCAAACAGAGGUGAUAGAAAAAAGUAGAAACGAAGUUAUGACUGCAGAAAAGAAAAUGGUAAGCGCUGUGGAAGAGUGCAUUCAUCAGUUGCAGAACCAUGAGAACACUAUGAAGGUCAGGUUUGCUGAAAUUUAUGAGGCGCAACAGAAGUAUUGCGAAACUCGACUGGAAAACUUUGAUUUGUUUCUUACUCAACUGAACAGUUGCGUUGAACGAGGUGAGGGCAUCGUACAAAGAAAGAUCUGUGCUGAAAUUCUUCAAACACAACAGGCCUUUAUUGAACACUGUGAAGAACUUCUGAAGGCAAGAAAACCUGACAUUUACAAACCUUCACACGUGCAUUACAUGGUGGAACAGAAAGGGUCCAUUUUGGAUCGUAUUGUGGUUAGUAACACAGAUCCCUCGCUGACGUUACUAGAAGAGGAGGGCCAGAAAGAGAAAACAGAAAAAGCAGAAGCAAUUUUUACCAUUGUAACAAGAGAUUCGUCUGCCCUGCAGUGUUAUAAUGAAGACGAUCAAAUAAAAGUCAGCAUUUCAACUCCAACAGGUGAUCAACUGCAAACAGAAAUGAAAGACACCAAAAACGGCAAGUACACAGUAACAUACACACCACAGUGCGUUGGACAACAUAGAGUAGAGAUCCAAGUAAAUGGACAACCACUGACUGGUAGUCCCUGGUUUGUUCAGGUGAUUCCGCAUCCGUAUCAAUUUUUGUUUCAAUUUGGAUCAAAAGGGAAAGAACAAGGGCAGUUUAAUAGACCUUUCUUCAUCACCGUAAGUGACAAAACUAGUAGGAUUGCAGUAGUUGACUUUGACAAUAAAAGAACUCAGAUUUUUAGCUUUGAUGGAAAAUUCCUCGGUGAAAGGCCUUUCUUUUUCGUAUUCACUGGAUCUAAUGGCGAAUUUUUCUUUCUCAAUGAUGACAACCAUCAGAUUUCCCUGUGUGCUGAAGAUGGUAAGCUCAUAAGGAACAUUGAUCGGAGACUUUUUAAGUCAUUCACUUACAUCGUUUGUGGAACUGAUGGUCAUUUAAUUACAUGUGAAAAAGACGACAAAACGAUCAAAGUUUUAACCUCUGACUGGAAACACGUACUAAAUUCCUUCAGUGCUCCGGAUUGUGACGCACAGCCGUGGUGUGUUGUUCUUCACCAUAAGAAAUUCUUUGUUUCCUAUCCAAAAGCUAACCGUGUCAUGGUAUUUGACAACGCGGGAAUGUAUCUUUAUGACAUUGGCAGCGAGGGAUGUGGUGCGGGGCAGUUUAAAUCGCCCUCAGGACUGGUUAUUGACAGUUUUAACCGUUUGAUCGUUUGCGAUGUAGGAAAUAGCAGACUGCAACUUUUCACACUUGACGGAAAAUUUGUUAGCGGGAUAACAGGAUCUUUUUUCGAUAACAGCUGUCUUAUUUCUUGUGCCGUGUCAAAUACCGGUCACUUGUUUGUUGCUGAUGUCAUCAAAAACUGUAUUUAUGAUUUUAAAUGAAACUGUAAAGGAACAAACAUCUCUUGUGAGGAGACAUAUGCUGUAAUGUUAGCGGCUGUUCAUACUUGGUUCCCGACCGAAUACCGCUUACUAAAUUAAUUCCGUAAAGGUGCGACGCUUAUUCGAGUAGCGGCGCUUAAUCGAUCAUUUACGGUACGUGUAGUGUAUAAUAUGUUAUAUAUGAUAUUUGUAUACCGUUACAAAUUUAGCUACUCGAGGUGUCCAUACUACACUGUCUUUUUUGUCGGGGAAUGUUAAAAAAAAUAGCAAAGGGACUGUCUUUAGGUUACUUUCUUGAAAAUCUAAUUAUGGAGUAAUAAUUGUAAUAGAAUAAUAGAAUAAUCUAUAUUAUGCUUUUGUCGUUAUAGAUGGCUGAUGUUACAAUCUAGUUUAUGCCGCAAAAUCAUGUGCAAACUAAGAAGCUAAAUGAACCAGCUGUUGGUUUUCUUGUUAGCUCCCCGAGCUAUUUAGGUAUAUAGGUUGAAGCUAGCCGGUAAAAAUCAAUCAAUGAAUCAAUAAAGUCAAAAGUAAUACAACGGGAAAAGAGCAAGGAAGGAAGAGCUUAUUUACAUGAAGUAUGUUGUUUCAUCGGCAAGAAGAAAAUGAUUUCAUUUCAGUGUUCUGACUUUAUCGUUGAGUUGAAGUUCUCCGAUGAAAAGGACUUCAGUGACUCUUUUGUCGAUAGUUGUUGGGACCAAAUUUCAUUACAUCACUUUUUCAUUACGCUUUGAAGAUUUGAUUUAGCUAAGCACUGUUAUAUGUAUUUUUAUUCCUUUUGUUUUGGUGUUACCUCAAGCUGAUUGUUGUGAUCUGAUGAAAGGUAGAUUUUUGCGCCAGCAAAGAGAGCUCAACGGCCAAAUUGCAUUUUUGUUAAUAGCGCCCGCCAUCUUUAAUUCCUUCUCGACUUAGUAACACCACGGACCGAAUUUCUACAUGUAAACCCAACGAAAAGUAGUUCCGCCUUUCGGGAUCUCUCUGGUGCUAGGAUCUUUCUCCCUCCAUGGAAUACAGCUGCCAAGUCAGGGUUUUAGUCAUUGGGCGGUCCAUUCUGUGUAAUCGCAGACGUAAUUUAACUCAGGUUAGUAACGGUCUGCGAAGCAGUGCCGAGAUCCUGUUCUGGGCCCCCAACGGAUAUCAAUGAAUCACCAGAGGUGCGUUUCGAAGUUCCUUUCGUUCUGAUUGGUAAAUUGGUAAAUUGGUUUUUAUAACGAACCAAUCAUGGCGCGUUUUCAAAUUCUGUUACACACGUGGGGGCCCAGUACAUGGACUGUUUGGCGCUUUUGUCAGGCGGGCUUAACCAGAGUUUAGUUUCGUCCGUGGGGCAGGCUAAGAGAAGAAAAUCAAUUACUUUCGACUCAUAUUAAAGAAUGGUUUCUGUUCGGUUCAGUUACGCAGUGGAUUUCCAUAACUAACAUAAGGGGAGAGGGACACUCGCGCGACUCCUUGGCUGCGAUGCACUCAGCUGUGCAUUUCCAAGCUUUGUUCAGCCCCAGUCGCAGUUGGCUUGUCAUGCAUAUAAAAUUUGCCGCUCCCUCAUUGCCCUGCAUGUUGUAAGCGCUUUAGCUGGAAAAUGGAUAUUCGCCAACUCUUUGCCAGCCUUAGAAAAGAGGCUGAAUGCCCACUUUGCUUAGGAACGGUCAAAGGUCCCAAGACUUUGCCAUGUCUUCACUCAUUUUGUCUGACGUGUCUCGACAAACAUACAGAGUUCGCAAGAAAACAGUUACAGACAACAAUCAAAUGUCCGGUUUGUCAGACAUCUUUUCAAAUCCCUGAAGGAGACUCGUUCAAGAACUUGCCCACAUCUUAUCACCUUAACAGACUGGUGGAUGUUCUCGCAUUAAAAGGUGGCAGCGAACAAGCCCAGAAAUGCAGCAGUUGUGAUGAGAACAACAACGCAUCCUGUUUCUGUUUUGAGUGCCAAAAUUUUCUUUGCACUGCUUGUGUUAAAGCUCACCAACGUUUGAAAAGCAGCAGAGGUCAUCGCAGUGUUAUGAUUGAAAAAUUGCAAGCGAGAGAUGUGGAGGAAUUAAUCCACAGACCUGUCAUGUGUUCACAGCAAUACCACGAAAAUCAACCGCUGGAAUUUUAUUGCGACGAAUGCAAAGUUCUCAUUUGCCACAAGUGCAGCGUAGUGAGCCAUAAUCAACACACCAUGACAGACAUUCAGAAAGCCUCACAGUUACAGACGAUGCAGAUGGCGGAGGCUUUGAAGAAAGUUAAAGCGGAAACUGUUAUUUACGAGAACGAGACAAAAAAGCAAAACGUGUUGAUGGACAAAGCCAAAAACGAUGUUUUGUCAGCCAAAAAGAUGAUGGCAGACGUGGUCCAAGAAUGUAUUUGCAAUUUACGCCAACACGAGAGGGCAAUGAAAGCCAAGUUUACUGAAAUAUUUGAAGCGCCACAAAGGCAUAAUAUUGCACGUCUAGAAAACUUUGAGGUCGCUCUUGCUCAAAUGAAAAGUUGCGUUGAACAAGGUAAAAAAAUCUUAGAAAGAAAUGUCAGCGCUGAAAUUCUGCAAACAAAUCAAAUCAUAGUCAAACGAUGUGAAGAACUUUUAAAUUCCAAAACACCUGAAAUUCAUGAGCCACCACUCGUGCGUUACAUACUUGAAAAUAAACUUAACAUUUUGGAUUGCAUUGUGGUUAGUGACACAGAUCCUUCCCUAUCGUUAGUUACAAUGGAAAGUAACAUAGAAGUACUGGGAAACACAGAAGCAAAUUUUACCAUUGUAACCAGAGAUUCUCGUGGGUUGAAGUAUUAUCAGGAAGAUGAUCAAAUAAGAGUACACAUUUCAACGUCAGCAGGUGAUGAACUGGAAACAGACAUAAAAGACACCAAAGACGGCAAGUACACAGUAACAUACACACCACAGUGUGUUGGACAACAUAGAGUAGAGAUCCAAGUUAAUGGUCAGCCGCUGACUGGCAGUCCCUGGGUUGUCCAGGUAAUACCUCACCACUAUCAAUUUACUUUUCAGUUUGGAUCACACGGAAAAGAUCAAGGAAAGUUUAACAGUCUUAGGGAUAUUGCCUUGAGUCAUAAAAGUAGGACACUUGCUGUCGCUGAUGUUGAAAAUAUGAGAAUUCAGAUGUUUACCUUGGAAGGAAAUUUCCUUAGGGAGAUCACACUAGAGAAUGAGCCCUGUUCAUUGGCUUUUACCAAAACUGGUGACCUCCUUGUCUCUAUCCCUUAUGACCACAAUAAACUUUCCCUUUACACUGAGGGUGGCCAAUUCAUUCGAUAUAUCAGCAAUGAACAUGUCAAAAAACCGUGGUACAUAUCUGUAGCUACUGAUGGUCGCAUAAUCACUUCUGACAAGGGUGACAAUACAAUCAAAGUUCUUAGCCCUGAUGGGAAAUACUUAACUCAGUCGUUCAGAGCUCCAAGUUGUGAUGCAGAACCAAGGUGUAUUGUUUAUCACCAGGAUAAAUUCUUUGUCUCCUACACUGAAGCUCAUCGUCUCGUCGUCUUCAACAGCGCAGGGGAUUAUCUAUAUGACAUUGGCAGCAAGGGAUCUGGUGCAGGACAAAUGACAGGACCUUGGGGACUUGUUUUUGACAAGUUUGACCGUUUGAUUGUUUGCGAUGCAGUAAAUAGAAGACUGAUUCUUUUUACCCCUGAUGGAAAGUUUGUG